AUGGAUGAAUUAGCGUAUGAGGCUCUAUCAGAGAGAUUGAAUUUCUUAGAGGUUCAAUUGUCAUCAUCAGAUUUCAAAGAGAAUGAUACAAUUUUGAAACAAAUUACAACGUUAAAGCAUCAAUUGGGGAACUAUUGUAAUGAACACAAUGAAUUUGAAACAUUGAAUCGAAUUAUGAAAGAUCUUGAUUUAUGGGAGAGAAAGGAUGAGAUCCCUGAUAGCGCUGGUCCGCUAGAAGAAAGCCCCGUGGAUGAUGAUGUGACGACUCUCGAAAUGAAGGAGCAAAUUCUUCUAUCCAAAUAUCCCAUUAUAAGGCAAGCAAUGAAUGAUUUGACUGAAUUAUCAAAUAUGGAUGUCCAGAGUAUAGUUAAUUAUACUAGUUCGGCUCAAGAUACUACUCAUGAUUUUGUCGAGGAUAGACAAAGCAUCAUGCUUAAAGCUCCUGAGCUUGAACAAUUGACCGAUCAGUUCCAUCUAUUAGUGGUGAAAAAUUUACUCGUAUUGGAGAAAUAUGCUAGUCUAGCAUUUAGAGAAAACCAGUUUUGGACGUCUGUUAAUGACAGAAUGAAGACAUUGAAUCAAAGAAUUAAUCGAUUGGAACAAAAUAGUUUAUUAAGUAAUAAAUACUAA